CUUAAAGAUUGAUAAACUUUCUGUAUCAAUAAAAAUAUGUUUGCGCACAACACUAUAAAUGUACAUCAUUUCAAGGAGACAAUCAAAGUGAUAUGACCUUACGAAGUUGUUAUCUAUGUACUUACAGUGUUAAUUAAUUUCACAGUGAUACAUGUAGUAACCAGUCAUACAUUUUCUCGAGUGGUGCGCGCAUCUCGUAGCUAAACUUAUAAUUCGAAACUGUUCGCAAGCAAACAGUACUCUUCGAAAAACAAUUAAACAAAAAUUAAUAUAAUAAUAUAAUUAAUUAAUUAAUUCUUAUCUUCUUCUGUUGUUGACAUUAAUCUAACAAUCAAGUGUGACAAUCGGUUCAUUAUUCAGAAAAUUGCUGACAAGAAGAGCUUUAAACUAGAAACGUUUCUUCCAUCUAUAUCUACGAAAAUUUACAAUGGAGCCAUUUACAUUGCUUCUAACUAUUAUUACAGCAAGUAUAUGCAUAUGCUUGUAUUACUUUGUUCUAAGCAAAAUUUCUUACUUCGAACAACUGAAGAUUCCCCAUGAACGACCAAUUCCAUUGAUAGGCAAUAUGGCUCCUUUCAUUUUCCGACAAAUGAGCCCUGCAGAAAACGUACAAAGAUUAUACAAACUUUUCUCACAUGCAAAGUAUUUUGGCAUGUUUGAUUGCAUAACGCCGGUGUAUGUCAUUCGCGAUCCAGAUCUAAUCAACACAAUUGCUAUCAAAGAGUUCGACAACUUCUGCGAUCAUCUGGGUUUUGUGAAUGAAACUUUGGAUCCAAUAGCCAGUAGAAAUUUAUUUAACUUACAAGGAGACCACUGGCGCGAGAUGCGAAAACUUCUUAGUCCUAGUUUUACAUCCAGCAAAAUGAAAAUAAUGUUUGAACUUAUGUGUCAAUGUGGUGAAAAUUUUGCUAAUUCUAUAGUACAAUCCGGAAAAAAUGGCAAACUGUACGAUAUGAAAGAAAUAUUGAGCAGAUACGCUAAUGAUGUAGUGGCCACGUGUGCUUUCGGCAUCAACAUAGAUUCUUUUAAGCAUCCCAAUAAUGAAUUUUAUUUACUUGGCAAGAAGGCACUGAACUUUGAUGGUCGAUUAUCUUUUGUAUUCUUCAUAAACAGAAACUUUCCGACACUUUCAAAAUUCCUCAAACUGAGAAUGUUUGGUCCAAAAGUAGAAAAUUUUUUCAAAAAUAUUGUUUCCGAAACAGUAAAAGUAAGGGAUGAGCAAGGAAUUUUCCGUCCAGACAUGAUUCAAUUAAUGAUGGAAACUAGGAACAAAGAUAGCGGACCUGAAUUUGAUAUCAACGAAAUGACUGCCCAGGCAUUCAUUUUCUUUCUCGCCGGAUUCGAUUCUGUGUCAACAGCCAUGUGCUUCAUGGUACACGAAGUUGGUGUCAAUCCCAAUGUUCAGAGCAAAUUGAAAGAAGAGAUCGAUGAUGUUCUUAAACAGACCGACGGUAAACCUACUUACGAGGCAAUUAAUCGUAUGAAGUACUUGGACGCCGUGGUAAACGAAAGUCUCCGAUUAUAUCCAAUAGCAUCUUUCCUUGACAGAAAAUGCAUCAAAAAAUUUGAAUUGCCACCAGCGACACCGGAUAGCAAAUCGCUUAUAUUGAAGCCAGGAGAUAACAUAUGGUUCCCAAGUUAUUCUCUACAUCGCGAUCCGAAAUACUAUCCGGAGCCGGACAAGUUUAAUCCAGAAAGAUUCGUUAACGGAGAAGUAGACAAUUCGGUUUACAUGCCGUUCGGUUUAGGACCCAGAAUGUGCAUAGGUAAUAGAUUCGCUCUAAUGGAAGCAAAAGUCAUGCUAUUCUAUUUGCUAUGGCAUUGUGAUCUUCUGCCUGAUGUUAAAACUAGAAAUCCUAUGGUAUUAAACAAAAAAGCAUUUGUCAUGAUGGCCGAAGGAGGUUUCUGGUUGAAGGUGCGAGCAAGAAUGUCGAAGGCUCCUGUUACAUAGUACUUAUCGAACAGACAUGGAAUCGAAAAA